GAGCUUGCAAGUAGGUGGAAGUGCUACCGUCAUUAAGCGGUGCGGGUGAAUCGUUAUCUUAUUAACGAGUUCGAGUUUCAAGGUUUUCUAAGGCAUUGCCAACAGAUGGCACAUCCCUUAGAAUGUGUUUUAUGAAGGGAUUGAUAGAAAAAAAAACACGAAUUAAUUGUAUACCAGCGCUUCAAAUCGCUUCGCUGCAGUAGUACAGAUUUUUGAACGAAUUCACGUCUCUUCAUAUCAGUUGUGAUGCGAGGACGAUCAGUAUCAUCGUCAUCAUCAGACACCAUACUGCCCUGAUUAAUCAAUAGCGCGCGGAAGGAACCACCAUCAACCUCAGCCCCUCCAUCCCGUUGGCUGCACUCUCCUCGCAUCAGCACCACCCCUUUACUCCCCCAGUGCGCUGGCAUCUCCCCCAGGAGCGCUGGGAGUGACGCAGAACCGAGCGGAAAGCUGCACCGCGCCUUGAGGGAAGAAGAAGCACUGAGAAGCAGGUGAUGCGAUCAAAAACAACCGGACCAGAGUAGCCCUAUAUCUGGGGACGGUGGCUGUAGAGAGGUGCUGAUCCCCGAUGCGUGGCCUGUUCGGGCAGAGGACGAGUGACAGCAGAGCUUACAAGGGUGUGAAUCUCCUCCUAAGCGUCCUGAUAGCGCAGUAGCACUCCUCCGUUCACACCGGAUUGGGGACGUGUUCUGAGCUUCUCAUCCUGCAGCUUCUCUUCCUCCUCCGGCGAUAUUAAACCUACACCAUGAACUACCUGCGUCGACGCCUCUCGGACAGCAAUUUUAUCUCCAAUUUGCCUAAUGGCUACAUGACGGACCUCCAACGCCCUGAGCCGGCUCAGCCCCCGAGCCCCGCAGUGUCGCCGGGGCCCCCGGAGCAGCGCCGCCAGUCCACCAGCCAGCAGCAGCCGUCUGGAGGAGGAGCCGCUGCCGCUGCAGCCGGUGGCGGUGGUGGUGGAGGUGGUGGAGGAGCCGGGUUCUUCUCGUCCUUAUCCAACGCUGUGAAGCAAACCACCGCCGCAGCAGCUGCGACACUCACCGAGGCAGCGGACAGAGCCGGGGUGUCGAGCAGUGCUAAGAUACUGCUGGUGAUCGACGACCAGCAGACGGACUGGGCGAAGGUCUUCAGAGGGAGGAAGGUCCAUGGGGAGUUUGACAUCAAGGUGGAACAGGCUGAUUUCUCAGAGAUCAACCUGGUGGCCCACUCCACGGGCUCCUACAGCGUGGACAUCGACGCCAUCAGAAACGGCCAUAAAGUCACUAAGUCCUUCAAGCCCGACUUCGUCCUGGUCAGAGAGCAUGCCUUCAGCAUGGCCAGGCACGGCGACCACCGCAGCAUCGUCAUCGGGCUGCAGUACGCUGGGGUCCAGAGUGUCAACUCUCUACACUCGGUCUACAACUUCUGUGAUAAACCAUGGGUGUUCGCCCAGAUGACCCGACUGUCAAAGACGCUGGGCCCAGAAGAGUUCCCGCUGAUAGAGCAGGUUUACUACCCCAACCACAAGGAGAUGCUCACUUCCUCCGUCUUCCCCGUGGUGAUCAAGAUGGGUCACGCUCAUUCUGGGAUGGGCAAGGUCAAAGUGGACAACCAGUACGACUUCCAAGAUAUUGCCAGUGUUGUCGCUCUGACCAAGACCUACGCCACUUCCGAGCCUUUCAUCGACGCUAAGUACGACGUCCGCAUCCAGAAGAUUGGAAACAAUUACAAGGCUUACAUGAGGACUUCAAUAUCUGGCAACUGGAAGACCAACACAGGCUCCUCGAUGCUGGAGCAGGUGGCCAUGUCAGACAAGUACCGCAUGUGGGUUGAUUCCUGCUCCGAAGUCUUCGGAGGGCUGGACAUAUGUGCGGUAGAGGCUCUCCACGGCAAAGACGGCAAGGACUACAUCAUAGAGGUGGACGACUGCUCCGUGCCGCUGAUCGGAGACCAGCAGGACGAGGACCGCGUCCACAUCGCUGAGCUGGUGGUUACCAGGAUGAACCAGACCGUCCCGCGCUCCGCCUCCCCCUCGGCGGUCCGCUCCGCAGCUGGCCAGCCCCCUCAGAAGACGGUGUCCCCCCUGGCCGACUCCCAGACCAGGGUACCCCAGGCCCAGCAGCGCCCCCCCACGCAGGGUGGGCCCCAGCAGGGCCCCUCUCAGCAGCGGCCCCAGCCUCAGGGCCAGCCCCCUGCUGCCCAACCGGGGCCCAGCCCCACGGCCGCCAGCGACCCCGCCAGCCAUCCACAGCCCUCUAAACCCGGCCAGGGGCCCGGGGCCACUCAGCGGCCGGCUCCGGCGGCCGGCCAGGGUCAGAGACCCCCCUCUGGCCAGGGCUCACCCCAGCGGAGCCCCAGUCAGGUGCAGAGGCAGCAGUCCGCCUCCGCGCAGCAGAAGCCCGGAGGCCCCGGCCAGAAGCCCCCGGGGGGCCAGCAGAAGCCCCCGCAGCAGAGGCCCAGCCAGCCCCCCAGGCAGAUGUCCCAGGGCGGCGGCUCCCCGCAGCAGAGGCCUUCCGGGCAGCAGGGCCGCCCCGGGGGGGCCCCCACUACCCAGCAGCCCCGACCGGCGGGCCAGGGAGGGCCGGGCGCCAGACCCCCGCUGCAGCAGAAGCCCCAGCCCCCCCAGAAGCCCCGCCUGGAUGAGGCGUCUGCGGGCGGCGCUCCAGCACUAAAAAACACCGGAGACGUGGGCCAGCCUUAGCCGGGACCAGCUGAAGGCUGAGGCCGUACGCAACCUCGCAAAUCUUUUGCUAGUCUGUUCUCCAGCGGGGUGAGCGUGAAAUGCCCCCAGUGCAACUGACAAUAACAUGGAUUUACAGGACGGAGGAACCUCUACUCCUUCCCUUCAUCCCAGCCCCCAAAUCAAACAAGGACCAACAACAUGUCACCUAAUAAUGGUUCUCUCACACUGAGGCCAACGUGAACCCUAAAACACCCACUGCCGCAAUAGGUUAAACAGUAAAACACAAGGAUAGUUAAUUGAUGUAGACUUAGUCUGAAACAUUCCUUGACCCACUGAAGGCGCAGAUGCCUGGGUGAUUCAAUGACUCAUGUACUCACACUCAUUGGCUGUGUGUUCCUGCUUGCACUUGUAGAAGAUCUGCUUCCAUUAUGCGUACCCACACACACACACACACACACACACACACACACACACACACACACACACACACACACACACACACACACACUCUUAAUCACUUACACAACUCCGUUCACACAGACACACACACACUCUUAAUCACUUACACACCUCUGUUCACACAGACACCGAUUAUUUCGCAGACACAGACAGGCACUCUCAUAAACAUGCACACAUACACACACACACACACACACACACACACACACAGACACAGACACAGACACACACACACACACACACACACACACACACACACACACACACACACACACACACACACACUAACUUUCUUUGUCUCACACUCAUGCACACACAUGCAAGCACACCUAUGUACAGACACACCUUACAAUCCCAAAUCAAGGGUUUCUUCUUGUUUGUUGGUGGCAUGGCGUGAAAUAUGAUCUUUUAAAUCAGUCAACAAAUCAUGGGCUGCCUAAUCAAAUCAACCCAGCUGUAAACUAGAUUGUUUGGUGUAGGUGACCGCUAGACAUCUUAUUUCUGAGCUGUUUUCCAAUCAUGUUUGUGUUUUAGCUGCAUGUCAACAUGGAGGUAUUUGAUCCCCAACCCCCGGUAGUAGUAUUGGCUCUUCUUUGUAACGGUGUCGUCAAUCGUAGCUCAAGUAGUUAGCAUCGUAGCCUUAUUUGGUGUUGUGGGAAUGUCGUCGCUGCCAUUUUGUUCUCUCUCCUUAUUUCUCUCACAAACCCUUCACCUUAAUAGCAUGCCUUGUGAGCACAAGAGUACAAUCAGUCAAAUGGCGAGAUCUCAGGGUUGCCCACUUUGAUUGUGACGAUCGUGCUAGGGUGAGGGCCUUCCAUUGUGAUUUUGUGCGAUUGGUGUUGAUGUCCUAAUGGUGCUGAAGGAAAUGCAUGGUAUUCUGUUUUUUGUUUUUUGUUUGUUUAUGAGCUUGAAUGUAUUAAGUACUAUUGGACUUUUUUGCACUCAUUAUACAACAGAAUUAUACUUGAAUUCAAUGACGCUGACUGAUGUAUAGACUUUUUCAGGUUUGUUUGAUCGCCAGAGGAAAGGACAGUGGUGAUCCGUGCACAAGCUUUCAGGCUGAAUGGAAGGGAUCAAAUAUACUAGAAUACCUAAGGGCACAGCAAUCUAACUACCAUGUAAUAGGUGGUCAGUGACAUAUGAAAUAAAAUUAUGCUAUAGAUAAAAAAUAUUUAUGGUCGACGAUUUAUUUUAUUUCAAUCAUAAUCUAAUAGUUAAUCUCUCUUUUGAGUUAAUGCAAAACUAACCGUAAAUCGAUGGAAAUGUUCACUAAUGCUGCUGAUGCAUAUUAACAACAGUAACUUUCAGUGGGGAUUUCUGUCGUCCUUUUAAGAUCUAUUUCAAAUCCAACAUACUCAACCUUGUAUCUGUACUAACAAAAACACAAUUUAGCGUCUGAAAGAAUAUCUAAGGCAUAGCAUGAAAUCGGUCCUUACGCGUUUAGCCAGGAGUGUGCUUCAGUCCACUGAGCCAAGGACUUGUGUAUAUAAACAUGAUGGGUGGGGGUCCACGUCUGCAGUAGAUGUAACACUGAUGGGUGGGGGUCCACCCCUGACGUAGGUCUAAUACUGAUGAGUGGGGCCCACAUCUGACAUAGGUCUUAUACUGAUGAGUUGGGGUCCCACCCCUGACGUAGGUCUAAUACUGAUGGGUGGGGGUCCACUCCUGACGUAGGUGUAAUACUGAUGAGUUGGGGUCCCACCCCUGACGUAGGUCUAAUACUGAUGGGUGGGGGUCCACCCCUGACGUAGGUGUAAUACUGAUGGUUGGGGGUCCACCCCUGACGUAGAUGUAAUACUGAUAGGUGGGGGUCCCACCCCUGACGUAGGUGUAAUACUGAUGGGUGGGGGUCCACCCCUGACGUAGGUGUAAUACUGAUAGGUGGGGGUCCCACCCCUGACGUAGGUGUAAUACUGAUGGGUGGGGGUCCCACCCCUGACGUAGAUGUAAUACUGAUGGGUGGGGGUCCACCCCUGACGUAGGUGUAAUACUGAUGGGUGGGGGUCCACCCCUGACGUAGGUGUAAUACUGAUGGGUGGGGGUCCACCCCUGACGUAGGUGUAAUACUGAUGGGUGGGGGUCCACCCCUGACGUAGGUGUAAUACUGAUGUGCACUUAUGUGAUCCUAAUGUCAUUUCUGUGACGUCUACACUUUGAUAAACCCUGUUGGACUAUUGUCCACCCGUCCUGCAUCCUUCUGGGAUCUUUUAUCCUUUGUUUUCGUCGUCCCCUGAUAAACUGUCUUCCAUUGAGAGAAGCCCCCCACCUGUUCGAAUACACUUAGGCAAUAUCCUCCAGAAAAGGACGCAAUACCUUAACAUUAAGCACUGAGUUCCUUCCUGACCCUUUGCACCCCCUACCGCAGGCUUUGUGUGUAUCAACGCAUUCAUGUAGCCACAGUGACCCCUUGUGAUCAGUGGUGUGUAAAACGUGUGGAUGUGCUGUCUUGUAACUUGUGGAAACAGAAAAAACAAGUUGAUUUGCUGCGCCGGCCUUUGACCCAAACGGCCCCCUUUACCCUCUGCUGCUAGGUGAGUUGCUUUUCAAUGAUUUCGUGGACUCAAGGGUGGAGUCGACUGUUUUGAUGCAUUUGUUCUUGAUCUAUGAAGUGAUGUACUUUUUUAAUUCUUAAUUUAUUUAUUUCCAUGUUGUCACAUUUCGGGGCCGACAGCUGCUUGUGUCUGGCUCGUAGGUGUGUGCGUUGACUACAUUUAUCCUCGCCUGGUAACCAAACUCAUUCGCGAGCUCAUGGUUGAUUUGCUCCGGCAUGUGCGAUGUGCAUUUUUGAAUUGUCAGGCUGCAUAAAUCCUGUGUGGCGCCAUUUUCUUUCAUUUAGAAAUGUGUAUUCUUUCGGCCAGUGACUCAGUAGGUAAGUCAUUGUUAUAUUUUUCAUGGCAUAGCUCACUGCCAAAGACAGAACCAGCCUUGAAGCCUGGUCCCUCGCACACCCAGUGUGUAAUUUGUGACGAAUGGCUUGAAACGGGAGGGCCUCUCUGAGGGUGUCACGGCAUACACAUCGAUCACGAAGUCCCGCAGACUAGGGUUGUCAUGGCAAAAUGGUCGCCAUCAGUUUUUAUUUAUUUCAUGUUUCAACUAUUUGUUGUGGAUAUAUUUUAACUGUAAAUGUAUACUUCUUAUUUUAUUUGCUGGAGUGAUUUUAACCGUUUUUCUAAAGCCCACUAUGAUAGUUGGAAAUAUCUUGUCUGUUGAACUAUCAAUCAGUCAGUGAAUGCCUGCCAGAUGUGUAAAAAAAUAUAUGAAAAAAUGCAAAUUAAUAUAAGAAGACGCAAAAUUGUAAAUCAUGGUGGAGUAUUGAAGUAUGUGUGUGGAAAAAAAUGUUAAAUCUAUUAUAUGUUAUAUGCAAUGUAGCUCUGAUGUGAAUUAUGUUAUCAAAACAUGCAUAUAUUCAAUAAAGUCUGUGACUAACAAUGA